CGCUUAGCGUUUAGUCGAUUCCAUUCAGAAAUUCCAACCGCUCGUCCCCAGACUAUGGACGCCCGUUUAGUGAUAACUUGUCUCCUGGUGGCCCUGAGUGCAUCUGCUCUCGGGAAAAGUGCUACCAUCCAUAAGCUACCGCUUGCCGAAGACCAGCAUUUUUCUAAAGAAGAUGUUCCUAAUCCAUUCAUCACUGGGGGUGAGAUCGUUGCCGAUGGAGAAAUCCCAUACGUUGUCGGAAUCAUCAUGAGUUUGCCAACUGGCACGAGGUGGUGCGGUGGAACUCUGAUUUCUACGAACUAUGUUCUGACGGCUGCAAACUGCUUCAUCACAGGCCCUUCCCCAGCCACGGUCCUCUUAGGAGCCACCAAUCAAACCGAACCGGCAGAAAUCAUCCCAGCCACUACUUUGAUCCUGCAUCCGGAAUACGAACCAGGAUUCUUCUUCAACGACAUCGCUCUGCUGGAACUUUCUCAGCCAGCAACCGUUUCACCCCGAGUUCGUCCAGUCCGUCUCCCAAACUGGCGACAGGUGUUUUUGAGCUUCCAGGGUCAACUUGCCUCGACUUCCGGUUGGGGACACCAGUGGCAGAACAGCAAUGAAAUUCUGCCGCUGUACGACCUGCGUAGGGUUCGGAUGCCAGUCAUGUCGAAUGCCGUCUGCCUGCUGCAACAGCUUGGCGGAAUAACUGAUUUCCAUAUCUGUACCUCAACCGAGUUGGGAUCACCGUGCCAGGGGGAUCAGGGUGGCCCUCUGACUGUUGCCGACCCCGACGGUGGAAGCACGCUGAUCGGAAUUUUCUCCUCGCUGCCCCUGUUCGGUUGCAACUCGGGAUGGCCAGCCAUAUUCACCAGAAUCACUCCCUAUCUCCAAUGGAUUUCGGAGCGCACCGGAAUUGUGAUAUCGAAUGAUUUUGAGUACUGAAACUGUAUUUUGUGAUGCUAUUAAAAACGCUUAGAUUAAAA